AUGGUGGACAGCUUCAUAAACCCCGAGAAGAUGAUAGGAGCUAUCUACCUCACGUAUUAUGAUCAGGGGGAUCUGACAGGUUAUGUCAAGAACCACAGAGAGUCCGGAACACCAAUCGCCAACGACAUCACAUGGAACAUCUUCACCAACAUCUGCGCCGCCCUCGCCUACUGCCACCACGGCAUCCGCUCCCCCCACGACGACGCCAACCCCCCGCCCACCUGGAGCGCCAUCAUCCACCGCGACAUCAAAACCGACAACAUCUUCCUCCAAAGCAACCCCACCGCCCCAGGCAACAUCAUCGCCAUACUCGGAGACUUCGACUGGUCAACCAACCUCUCCCUCGAGCGCACCAUCUACCGCCGCCCCACCGACGGCAGCAGCUACCAAUCGCCCGCUGACCCGCGGUGGCUGCCGCCCGAGAGCCCGCGGUACACCAUGGCUAGCGACGUCUGGGGGCUGGGCGCCGUCGUGACGUGCAUGUGCCGGCUGGUGGCGUCGCCGGAAGAGUGCCAAGUCAGCGAUGGGGUACCACCGAGUAGCAGCAGUGGCGGAAGGCUCGGCCCAGCCCUGCAGCGGCUGGUAAAGCGGGCGGUGGCGUGGGAGCCGCGGGAGAGGCUGAGUGCGUGGGGGCUGUGGCGGGGGAUAGUUGAGGCUGAGGCUGGGAAGUAA